AUGUUGGGAAACAAGUAUUACAAGGAUGACAUGAUUUACAUUACAAAACUCACGCGAAACGUUCUAAUCUUACUCGGGGUCUGGCCGCCUUACGACAGGAGAAGAACCACCGGCGAAAAAGUUUGGAAGUACUUCCUUUUCACGAUCUGCAACAUUCUUCUCUACUGCGUCCUGAUUUCCGGUGCCAUGUACUGGUUGAUUGAGAAGGGGGCACGCCUCAGAGUCCGAACGAUGCCUCUGCUUGUCUUCGGCAUCGUCACUUGUGGUAAAUAUGGCAAUCUGAUGUUACACGAGAAGGACAUCAGACGCUGCUUGAAGCACAUCGAGGAGGAUUACAGGUUCGUUACCAGUGCGAAGGCGCGGGACACGAUGAUCGAGUUCGCGAAGAUCGGCAUACGUCUGGUCACACUUUGCGCGGUUUUCACGUACAGCAGCGUGGUCUCCUUUCGUUUGAUCUUGCCGUUUGCCAAGGGAAAAAUCGUCACCGCGGAGAACAUCACGAUCCGACCUCUGCCUUGCUCGGCUUACUUCUAUAUCUUCGACGUACAAAUCAGCCCAGCUUACGAGCUGAUCUUCGCAAUACAAGUAUUGUCCGGAAUGGUCACUUUCUUGAUAACGACAGGUUCAUGCGGUCUCACGGCCAUCUGCGUAAUGCACGCCUGCGGCCAAAUGACAAUCCUAAUGAAUUUGAUGAGAAAUCUUGUUGAGGAGCAAUGGCAAGAAAACUGGGAAGUGGACAUGAAGCUGGCACGAUUGGUUGAACAUCAAAUAAGAAUAAGAAGUUUUUUACAAUUGGUAGAAAAUACUGUACAACAAGUGUGUGUAAUAGAAUUGUUGGGGUGCACAGCGAAUGUCUGCAUUCUAGGAUAUCUUAUUAUAAAGGAAUGGGAGAAUAGCAAUUCACUAGCUAUAUUCUCCUACUUUUCUGUACUUAUGUGUAUGAUGGUGGACAUGUUUAUGUUUUGUUAUACUGGUGAGCAACUUACCGUUCAGGCAGACGAAGUAGCUAAAACGUCUUGCGUGCUCGAGUGGUAUCGUCUUCUGGAUAAAAAUGCGCGUGCGAUUGUGUUAGUAAUAAUCAUAUCGAACUUACCCGCCAAGAUCACCGCUGGGAAAAUCGUGGAUUUAUCACUGAGGACGUACGGCGAUAUUGUAAAGACAGCUUUCACAUACUUUAAUAUGCUUUUAAAGAUCGCAGGCUAA